AUGUCUAAUAGCUCUCCUCGGAGAUGACUUACCAAUCUAUUCGCAGUUGGACACAUCAUAGAAGGUAUCUAUCUAUAAGAAAUGGAUAUGAGGUUAUCUGAAGCUGCUUGUACGGGGAACAUCGAGUACUUGCACUCCCUUGUUCAAAAUGAUCCUCUGAUACUCGAUACCGCAAUUCUAGAGGGUGGACAGACUCCAUUACAUGUCGCUGCUCUAGCUGGUCAAGUCGGAUUCACAUGCGAGAUCUUAAAGUUGAGGCCCGAGUUACCGGAAGAGAUUAACCCAGAUGGUCUCACGCCGUUACACAUAGCAUCGGCCAAGGGGAACCUCGAGAUGGUAAGGGAGCUGCUGAAAAUAAGUCCUCAGUUGUGCCUUUCAAAGGGCAAGGAGAGAAGGAUUCCUCUGCACUAUGCAGCUCUCAAAGGGAGAGCCGAGGUCUUGAAAGAGCUGCUCUCGGCUUGUCCGGAAUCGAUCGAGGAAGUCACGGCCCGAGAAGAGACUACACUCCACCUUGCGGUGAAGAGCAGACAGUUUGAGAUUUUCACUUUGCUGGUAGAAGAGCUGAAGUGUACUAACAGAGUGAGCUUUCUGAAUCGGAAGGAUGCACAAGGCAAUACCGUUUUGCACCUCGCAGUCUCAGCAAGGCAGUACGAGGUAAUAGAUUUCAUUCUAAAUGGGAAGACAAUGAACAAGGAGCUGGUGGAAGUUAACGCAGUGAACCAAAUGGGCCUAACUGCUCUCGAUGCUCUAUCGGUUUUCCCAAGCGAAGCAGGAGACAAGGAAAUCGGUGACAUCCUUUUUCUCGCUGGAGCUACGGGUGUGAGGAUAGCCACUGAAUCACCAGACUAUAGGGCGGCCUCUAACCUUCCAUCAAACAAUGGCCGACAAACUAGCACCUUUCUGUGGUGGCUCCAAGUGAUACUCAACCUCAGGAACGAUAAGAACAAGUGGUUCGAAUAUUUCAAAUUCAAGAAGGACCGGGACUCCCCAGAUGAUGUGAGGACCGCCCUUCUAGUGGUGGCUGCCCUUAUCACGACCGCCACCUACCAAGCAGUGCUUCAGCCCCCAGGAGGCCUGUGGCAGGACAACUCGGGGCCUCUUAACAGCACCACGAAUAACACCUCAUCAAACGAGAUUUUCCCCCAAUCACAUAAGGCUGGACAGGCAAUUCUGCAGAACCUCAAUCCUGUUUCAUACAUCCUCUUCCUAUUCUUCAACUCGCUCGGGUUCUUUGCUGCUAUUCAGAUGAUCACGUACCUGACAACCGGGUUUCCUCUGCUGUUGGAGCUAAGGAUUGCAUUAUUUGCGCUAAUGGCGACGUAUAAUACCUCAAUGGUUGCCCUCACUGCCACCACUUUCUCCAAUUUAUUCUUUAUUGCCCUUUCCAUUAUUCUACCCAUCCUAAUGGCUGCUCUAUCAGACUGGAUUAGAAAAUGAUCAGUGAGCAAUUCCUCGCUAUAUAUAUGUGUGUGUGUGUAUGUAUUUGUUUUUUUUUUUGCUCAAGUAUAUAUAUCUGUAUGUUAAGUGCGUACAUGUGCAAGAUCUAUAUGAAUAUAAUUAUAUUCGGUGGGUC